AUGCCAUCCCAAGACCGCGCCAACACCUCGGCCGCCGAUAUCCCUCUAAAUGACCUCGAAUCCGCCUCCAGCUCAGAAUUCCGCUCGUCGGGAGCAAAGCGAUGGAACGGGUUCUCACAAUUCCAUCCGUCGAACAUACUCGCGCAUCCAGAGGGGUUGGCACCGAUGUCGCAAGAAGACUGGCUGGCUUAUUCUGAGGACACAUGGCAACGACUGAUAGUCGCUCUGACCCCGAGUUUCUUACAACAGGGUAGCGCCUCGUCGCAGCCUACAAAGCUCCACGCCAUCGCAGCUCUGGAUGGGUUGCGCGGAUGGGCCUGUCUGCUGGUCUUCAACUUCCACUUCCUCUUCACAUACACCUGGAAGGUUGCAAUAGGAUGGGGAUUUGCAGGAGAGAAUUUCGGGAUUCAUCAACUGCCCAUCUUGCACAUGUUGAUCUCCGGCCACAUCAUGGUGGCCAUCUUCUUCGUUCUCUCCGGCUACGUUCUGUCAUACAAGCCGUUGAAAACGAUUCGGAGCAGGUCCUUCGAUCAGACCUUCACCGCGCUCGCGUCAGGGACCUUCCGCCGUGCCUUCCGUCUUUAUAUCCCCGCCAUUGCGGGCAUUCUUUGCGUCUUCGUCGCUGUUCGUCUCGGGCUGUAUAGUUAUUCCCACAAGGUCAUUAAGGAGGGACACACCAUCCUCGGCACCAACGAGCAACAUCCGCAUGUUUACAGAUCCCUCUCGAAACAGAGUGAUGACUUGUGGGUGACGCUGGCAACCUUGCUAAACCCAUUCGACUAUGCGCUCUACUACAACUACUACAAUCCGCACCUAUGGACGAUCCCCCUCGAAUUCCGCUCCUCGCUUAUCCUCUUCGUCGUCAUAAUGGGUACAUCACGACUAAAGUCGCCAGUGCGCAUGGCCGUAGUCUCCGGCCUGAUAUGGUUCUGCAUGCGCUACGGUCGCUGGGAAAUCCCCCUCUUCCUCUUCGGAAUGCUUAUGGCCGAAGUGGACCUCAUCAACGGCGUCUGGGAGCCAUCCACCAGACCGCCAGUAGAAGAUGACAAAACCACCAUCCACUUCAGCCCCAGCAAAACAACAAUCAGAAUCUCCCGCCGCAAACUAUGGAUCUCGCUCUUCUUCGUCGGUCUCUACUUCGGCUCAUGCCCCAACAUCGGCUUCAAAUGGACUCCUCUCUACAGAUGGCUCUGGCACAUCACCCCAUACACCUAUCCGGAACCGCACCGCUUCGCCCAAACCAUCGGCGCCGUCCUCAUCGUCUUCGCUAUCAAUCACUCCCCGGAUAUCCAGAAACUCUUCACAAAUCCCCUCUCCCAAUACCUGGGCAAAAUCUCUUUCGCUUUCUACGUCGUUCACGGCCCCAUUCUCCAUUGUCUGGGCUACUCUAUCAUGCCCAGUAUCUGGAAUCUCACAGGGAAAGAGACGAACUUCCAAUACUGUCUCGGCUUCCUUAUUGGCUGGUUGAUCUGUCUACCCGUCGCUAUCUGGUUAGGCGAUGUCUUCUGGCGCGCCGUCGAUAUUCCAAGUGUUAAGUUUGCACGCGCGCUCGAAGAUCGGCUCGUCUCUAAGAUUCCGCCUUCCAGCCCGAUCUUGGCUUCCCGGGCUGACUGA